CCACAGCUCUUCACUCAUCCACUCCCCCACAUACGGAAAUCAACAUUGGUUUAAGCAAUAACCAUGGAGGAUGAGCAGCAUGACCAUUCCUUGGAUCUGUUUAGCAUCAGCGACAACACCAGCUAUCCAUCGUACGUCUUGGAUAUGGCUAACAAUAGUGAGAACACAAGCGUUCCAGAUUACGUGGAUGAAACGCCCGUCGAACUCUGCUCUGCAUCAAACGUCAACCAAUUGGGCUCGGCCAUCAUUCCUUAUUUCUACUACAUCAACUUCCUCCUGAGUUACUUGGGCAACUGGCUUGUUUUGUUCAUCAUCGUCAAGCUUGAGAAGGUCAACAGCGUCACUAACAUCUUCCUCAUCAAUCUGGUCACCUCCAACAUCCUGUUUGCAUCCAGCUUCCCCUUCCUGGCCAAAUACCAUUCCUCCGAGUGGAUCUUCGGCACGGUGCUUUGCAAGUUGGUCAGCAGUGCCCAUCUGAUUGGUUUCUACAGUUCCAUCCUCUUCCUCACCCUGAUGACCUUUGACCGCUACCUGGCCGUGGUGCACGCGGUGUCCGCUGCCAAGAGCAGGAAGAGGGCGUACGCCAUCGGGGCGUCGUUGAUCGUUUGGUUCAUCAGUGUGCUGGCCAGUCUAAAUGAGCUGGUGUUCAAAGGCGUGCGGAAGCACAGCGAGCACCGCCUGAUGUGUGAGGCGACAGGAUACCACGCCGACGUCGUCGAACAGUGGAAUCUGGUCAGCUACUACAUGCAGUUCCUCCUCUUCUUCCUGCUGCCCCUCUUCAUGGCGAUGUACUGCUACACCUGCAUCACCGUGCGGAUCAUGUCCACUCGCAUGAGGGAGAAAUGGCGCUCGGUGAAGCUGAUAUUCAUCAUCAUGUUCACCUUCUUCGUUUGCUGGACUCCCUAUAACAUCGUGAUCCUGCUGAAGGCCAUUCAGAUCUCCACAGCCGACGAUGCAAACCGGAAGUGCGAUCAGGUUGAGGCGUUGAACUAUGCGUUGUACGUGACCAGAGACAUAGCGUUCUUGUAUUGUUGCAUCAGCCCCAUGUUCUACUCCUUUGUGGGUAAGCGGUUUCAGAGUCAUUUCAGGAAUCUGUUGUCGAAGAACAUGCCUUGUCUGGCACGUCAACUCAGACCCGCUAGUCUGAGCAGCAAGUCCACCGCACAAAGGACAUCCCACACAAACGACUUUUAACGCUUGGGAGACAAUGUACUUUGUUUGAAAUUGGAUAAUUGGAUGGGAAAAUGGAUAAUUAAAUUUGAUGAUGUUUAUUGUUUUGUCAGUUUUACGUUUAAAUGUAGUCAUUUAGCAUAUACCUUGUAGAUGAAUAUCUAAUAAUUAAUUGCAAUUAUGUAGCACUCUUUUUUAAGACACUCAAAGUGCUUUAAUCAGUUAGUUAGUUUAUUAGUGGUCCCCUUAGGGAAAUUAUUUUUCACACUUUCCUUCCGUCAUUUCCCAAAUAGUGAGUUUGUGGUUGAGAAUAACACCUCAUAUUAACGAGGCUGAGAACAAUCUAAGUUUGUAUUGAUUUUAGAGAAGUUACAUUUAGGAGGAUGAAGAGUCGCAAGAGGAAGUGUAAAAUAACGGAGUUGUUCUGCCAAGGCCGUGAACUAGCUUUGUCAUGACAACAUUAGCAAUUUUUUCCAGUUUUGUGUGAAAUCUAAUUCUAAAGAGAGAAUAUGAUAGAAUUUGAAUUUAGAAUUUCUGCAUUUUAACUGUUAUGUUGUAAAACCAUUUUGUGUUGCAUAAGCGUUGUUGUAUUUCUACUGUUAUUUCAUUUUAGUUGUAAGGAAAUUAUUUUUCACAGUUUCCCUCCGUCAUUUCUCAAAUAGUGAGUUUGUGGUUGAGAAUAACAGCUCAUAUUAACGAGGCUGAGAACAAUCUAAGUUUGUAUUGAAUUUAGAAUAGCUACAUUUAGGUUCUCGAAGGAUGAAAAAUCGCAAGAGGAAGUGUAAAAUAACGGAGUUGUUCGGCCGUCAACUGGCUUUGUCAUGACAACAUUGCCAAUUUGAACCACUUUUGCUUGAAAUAUAAUUAUAAAGAGAGAAUAUAGUAUAUAUUGAAUUUAGAAUUUCUGCAUUUUUACUGUUAUGUUGUAAAACCAUUUUGUGUAGCAUAAGCGUGGUUGUGUUUCUACUGUUAUUUCAUUUUAGUUGUGGAAUGUGUAACACAUGAAGAUGAAGCUGUGGUUUGGAUGGUUCGUGCUGCUCUUCCUAACAGCAGUGGUCGAUCCCCGGCCAGUAGAGAUGAAGCUGUGGUUUGGAUGGUUUGCGCUGCUCUUCCUAACAGCAGUGGACGAUCACCGGCCAGUAGAGAUGAAGCUGUGGUUUGGAUGGUUUGCGCUGCUCUUCCUAACAGCAGUGGUCGAUCCCCGGCCAGUAGAGAUGAAGCUGUGGUUUGGAUGGUUCGUGCUGCUCUUCCUAACAGCAGUGGACGAUCCCCGGCCAGUAGAGAUGAAGCUGUGGUUUGGAUGGUUCGUGCUGCUCUUCCUAACAGCAGUGGUCGAUCCCCGGCCAGUAGAGAUGAAGCUGUGGUUUGGAUGGUUUGUGCUGCUCUUCCUAACAGCAGUGGUCGAUCCCCGGCCAGUAGAGUCGAUGCGCUACCGAAGGCCGAGCUACCGCAACUCCACCGUCUACCGUCACUCUUCCACCACUUAAAAUACAUGUUGAUAGAUAUGUUUAAAUAAUCUCCAGCUCUUCUUUUAUAUCAUAGCUCUUAAUAGUGCUCCGACGGCUGCUUUGCUUAGUUCCGAUUUUUAAGAUGUGUGAUCGGGAAGCAAUAUUUGGGGUUCAGCUUCAUAGUUGAAAGUAUAAAGUUUCUGCAAAUAAAUGUAAUGUAGUGAAUAAAAAACAUUAUUUUCUUAA